UUCAAGAUGUCACCAUGGUUUUCCAGGGUAAUCCAUGAGAUUCAAAAUAGUUUCUUUCAGCCCACCUGUAGCCAAACACUCAAAAAGAAGCUAAGCUCUCCUUUAAUAAUUAACCACAUGCAUACAUUCAUCCCUUCUGGGGGCAAAGUGCAAACCUGCAGAUGAGCUAUUAACUCAGUCAUCAUGCUUAUAGCAAAUCUCCAUCUUGACAAGGGUUGGAAAGUGGCAGUCUAUGAAACACCCUGCUAUCCCCAGAAAGCUUGUUUCUGUGAGUGGUAAACCUUUUCAUAUAUCCUCUUGAUGUGUGUGUGUGGGUGGCGUCUUUGGUCGACAUCUGAAACAAGUUUGGGGUGGGGAGACCCCCACUGCUGCCGCAGCUGCCACCGUAUGAACGGGAGAGUGAGAGAAGUCUCCAGUCGUUACCCACGCAGAGGGUUCAUAGACCACAGUGGACAGCUAAAGACAAAGUCUGAGAAAUGGAAAAAGAUAAACCUUCAGAACAGAGGCGUUCCUGGAUCAUGAGGUGGUUCCAGAGAUGGUUGUCUGGAGGGAGAUCCCAUACAGUCACACAGGAAGACGGAACAGGACAUCACUCUGAUGAUCAGAAGCGCUGUGACUUGGUGGUAAUUCCAGAGGAGAGAACCCUCUCUCUUCAGGCUGAAUCCAAUGUGUAUGAUGUUUUUAGGAAUGCGAUUGCUAGGUACAGAGCGAGUUCCGGUUGGCCCAAACAUGAUGAGGAAGUGGCAUCGCCAUCAACAAUACACAACAUUGGUGUUCUGCUUAGGUCCUGUGGGGAUGAGAUCCCCAGCCCAACGAUCCCGAUCAUCAGCAAAUUAGAAGAAACAUGGGAUUGGCUAAAAGGAAGUAUUUCCUCAGAAGAGAAGCCACUGGUGUCCUCCUUGGCUACUAAUCUCGGUUCGGGGAUUAAAACAGAUUGUAAAUAUAAUCAGUUUCUGGGACCUGGAGGAAAUGUGGAUGUUGAGUUAACCGAUGAAAGUGGAAACAGAUACAGCGUCCGCCUCCCGGCUGCCGGCUCGUACCUGUGGCGGGCCGCGGGCCUGGGCUUCGUGGUGCGGGCGGCCGUGACCCUGCAGGUGGCGUUUGCGUCUUGGGAUCCGCACCUGGCCCCGGUCCUGCAGGACCCCGAGCGCUGGAUGGUGGCGGGCCCCUUGUUCGACGUGGCGGCGGAGCCCGGGGAGGCCGUGGCCGAAAUCCACCUGCCCCACUUCGUCUCCCUGCAAGCAGGUGCGGUCGACGUCGCCUGGUUCCAGGUCGCCCAUUUUAAGGAGGAAGGGAUGAUCCUGGAACAGCCGGCGCGCGUGGAGCCUUUCCACGCCGCCCUGGAGAACCCCAGCUUCUCGCUGAUGGGGGUUCUGCUCCGGAUCGCCAGCGGCACCCGCCUCUCGGUGCCCAUCACUUCCAGCACGCUCGUCUAUCACCACGCACAUCCCGAGGACAGUAAAUUCCACUUGUACCUUAUCCCCAGCGACUCCUUACUAAGGAAGGCAAUAGAUGAGGAAGAAGCUAAGUUCCAGGGAAUGCGCCUGCAGACCUCACCCCCACUGGAACCCCUGAACUUUGCCUCCCGUUACAUCGUGUCUUGUUCUGCACAACUGGAAAUAAUACCCGAGGAGAUGAAAUUGUCCUCCAGGGGCCCUCGAGAAAUACAUCAUUUCACUAAAAUCUAUGCUGGGCAGAUGAAGGAACAAAUCCAACUUGAAAUUACUGACAAAAGACACGGGACUUUGGUUUGGAAAACUUUGGUGAAGCCAGUGGAUCUCCAGUUUGGAGCUGCAUCAGCCCCUCCCACUUUCUCAGGCGCAGCCUUCGUGAAGGAGAACCUGCGGCACCUCCAAGCCAGGCUGGGGGACCUGAGCGGGGUGCUAGAUGACCUCCAGGACAGCGAGGUCCUCACUGAGAAUGAGAAGGAGCUGGUGGAGCAGGCGCAGACCCAGCAGAGGAGGAAUGAGACCCUGCUGAGGUUCAUGAGGAACAAAGGAGACCAGGCCCUGGAGAAGCUCUACAGGAGCCUCAAUGAAAGAGACCCUUACCUCGUGUCCUACCUCAGGCAGCCGAGUUUGUCACACUGACCCAGACAGCUCCUCGGUGUUCAGGAAAGAAUUAGCCUUCCCCCAAAAAAGAUUUGGUAACCUCCAAACCCUUGGAAUGUCCUGGCUGAUAAGAAUGUCCUUGUUUACCUGGGGCCUUGGGCCAUUCCAGAUGGUCUACGCCAAUAACGUGGUUUAUGGUUGGGGCCUUGGGAUAUCAGCUUAACCUCUGGAGGGCUGGAGACUAAGGUCAGUCCAUGUCUACAUGGCUGAUCUGCCAUAAAAACUCUGGACACCAAGGUUCAGGUGACAUUCCUGGUUGGCAAUACUCCGUGUGAGUUGCCACGCACCCCUGUCAGCAUGACUCCACUGGGAGUAGACAACUGGAAGUUCCAUACCUGGUGUCUCCUAAACCCUAUGUACCUCUUCCCUUUGCUGAUUUUAAUCUGUAUCCUUUUACUGUAAUAAACUAUAACCAUGAGAAUGAUGACUCUGCUGAGUUCUGGAAGUCCUUCUAGUUAUUAAUUGAACCCGAGAGUGGUCUCGGGUAUCCCACCCCAAAUUUGAACUCAGGGAGAGGGAAUCCAACCAACCUUCAUUGGAAAUGGAUAAUGGAAUGUGAUCAUUGCAUUCAAUGCCCAAGGAGAGGAGGGCCUGGGCAACACCUAUCCAUAGCACAGGCUACACUGAGGACAGACGUAACCUGGCAGAUACCUAUUUGCUGUAUACAAAACUUGGAGGAGGGGAUAUAAGAUGCAAUCAAGAGAAAUUUUGGAUUUCUGUUUCCAC